GGAGCAGCCCCUGCGCACGGCAUGUGCCGUGUGCUGCAUCCCACAUGGAGGCGUCGCUGUGUGCUGCUGCUGCCGCUGCUGGCAGUGCUGUGUGCGUGCGGGGGCGUGUCCGCCCAGUGGAUACAGGAAUCCCAGAAGGCGGUGCUGAAGGCUCUGCUGGACGAGUGGGGCACGUUCCCUCUCAGCAACUCGUGGGUCACGGGCACCGUGUGCUCACAGAUGCCGGGCAUCGCAUGCACCUCCGAUGGGCUCAUCACCAAACUGCAACUCGUCUACGUGCCGCUGGGGAAGUCCAUCCCCGAUGCGCUCAGCGGCCUGCAGUCCCUCCAGUACCUUGUUAUGGUUGGAUGCCAGUUGACGGGUUCGCUGCCCUCCGCCCUCUUCACGUUGCAAAGCCUCACAUAUAUGGACCUUGCUAGCAACAGCCUGUCUGGCUCUAUCCCUGCUGACAUCAGCAAGCUCAGUUUCUUGCAGUCCCUUACUCUGGCAGAAAAUUCUUUUGAGGGCCCGCUGCCGACGGAAAUGUCAUAUCUGAAGGAGCUCCAUGUCCUGAGGCUAAGCCGCAACACCCUUUCGGGCCCUCUUCCACCCUUCCUUGCCUCAUUCACUAACCUUGACACAUUGACCCUUGACUUCAACAGUUUCACGGGCUCGCUGCCUGAGGGCCUGGGCCAGCUGCACAGACUCACACGCCUGCACCUGGAGUACAACCGACUAGAGGGCAGCAUCGUGUCCUCCUUGGGAGCCCUCACCGACCUGCGCUACCUGGUGCUGGGUGUGAACGACUUCAGUGGCACCAUCCCAUCAUCGCUGGGCAACCUCAAGAACCUGGAGGCACUUGCCCUGCGUGACCUGCGCCUGCACGGCCUGCUUCCGCCGUCGCUUACCUCUCUGCAGAAGCUCUUUCACCUGGAGCUGUCGUUCAUGUACCUGUCGGGACACGUGGCACCCAUCGUGGCUCCCAUGAAGAAGCUCAAGAUCCUGUUGCUGAGUUUCAACCAGUUUACAGGAGAUGUGCCCAUGCCAGCCUCCCCAGCCCUGUCCUCUGUUAACAUUCAGAGCAACUACUUCACCUCCGCGCCCAUCCGCCCUAAGAACUGCUCUGCUGUCAGCCUGAGGCUCUUUGACAACUGCCUGCCCACCCUGCUAUGUGGCUCGCAGCAGCGGCAGAGGAGCAACGCGAGCUGCGCUGCGUUCUGUGGGCUGAGGCAGGGCGAGGUGCUGUGCAGUGGGCAUGGGUACUGCUUCAUGAAUGAAAGCAGUGGCACGAGCGAGUGUGUGUGCGAUGCCCACUACUCCACUCGCAAUGACCCCCACACGUGCACAUACACGAUUGACCCCGUGGUGGUCUCCUCAGCUGCCACCCCCAUGGUGCCGAGUGGCUCGGCGCUGACCUCUGCUGGCGGUGCGCUGCUGCUCACCCCCAAGGCCAAUGCCACCUGGGGCACGGCCUUCACAGCCGCGCCUCUCCCCCUCUUCUCUUACUUCAACACCAAGGCCACAUGCGGUUACCAGUUCGCCUUCAACGUAUCCCUUGCCUUCUCCCUCGACCCGGAGGCAGAGGCGGGCGGGGAUGGGCUCGUGUUUGUCGUUGCUGCGGCGCUGCCAGACCGGCUGGGAGGGGUGGGGAAGCGGAGUGUGGCGGUGGAGUUUGACUCGGUGCUGAGUGUGAAGCACAGCGACCCCAACGACAACCACGUGGGCGUCAAUGUGGGCGGCUCACCUGUGUCCCUCGCCUCUGCCACGGCCCCUCUCAUCCUCAACGACGCCCACACCAAGCACGCCUGGAUCCACUACGACCCCACCAGCGGCGGCACCCUCCGAGUCUUCCUUUCCUCCGACCCCGACCAGCCCCCUCCCCCCAUCUUGCGAGCUCGAGUGUCGCUCUGCUCCAUCCUGCAGCCCAAGGCGUCAGCUGCUGCAUUCUACAUCGGCUUCACAGCCUCGUCCACCGCCGGCCCACAAGCACACUCCGUCCUCAACUGGACCUUCACUGCAGAUGUUCCUCUCAACCCGCGCUUUGACCCUUCAAACCUGGCGUUGGGGUUUGUGUUGGACGAGGACUCCUUCUCAUUGCAGGGAUUCAACGCCGCCUUCCACUACGCCAGUGCGGGCUUCGACCCCGCGCAGGACAACAGCCCCGCUGGUAGCAGCGGUGGAGGCAACUCGCCGCAGCCACCCGUCCUGUCGGUGGAGCAUCUACGCCUCGCCCUCUCCUCCAACUGCGACGGUGGCUCGCCCACCAAGGCACUGCAGUUCCUCCUCAACGCCACCGCGCAGGGCAAGGGCUUGGUGGAACAGGCGGUGUACUCCCAGCAAAUGGCUCUUCAAAGACGAUCGCUGGCGAGCACCAAGUACUAUGGCAUCCGAGGCAUCGAGCGCACGGGAUUCUACGGGUGGUUUGGGCUAAUGCUGGCAGUGCUUCGCCAGCCUGUCAUUGUGCACAUCGAGGCGUCCGCACCCUCCUUCCAAGACUACGAUGGGAGAGGCAAGUACGCGGACGAGGAGUGUUUCAGCAACCACCUGAACCACGUGGUGCUGGUGGUGGGCUACCUCUCUGCGGGCUCCGACCCCUCCAACUCCGCCGUGCUGUCGCCCUUCUGGAUCAUCCGCAACUCAUGGGGCACAGCCUGGGGCGACCAGGGCCACAUGCGCAUGGACAUUCGCAGUGGCGACGGCAUCUGUGGCAUCAACACUCUCCCGGGCCUCUUUCCUGUUGUCAGAAGCAGUGCUGAUCCGUGUGGGUCACGCUCCUUCCAGUACAGCAUUCAAGGCCCCGCCUUCAACCCGUGUGGGCGGUAUAACUGCAGCAAGAAGGGCACCAGCAAUCGCUGCAAGUGCACUGACGCCCGCUUUGCUCAAGUCAAGAACACCGAUGGGUCGUACACCUGUGCCUAUGUGGACGUGUGUGGGUCCAGCACUCGCAACCCAUGUGUGGUGGGCACGUGUGUGAACGAUGGCAAGGGCAGCUACUCCUGUGUGUGUCCCCCGGGGUUCAUCCAGGGCACCACCCUCGCCAGCACCGCCUCCUGUGCUCCGGGGGAUGCAGGGGGGGUGUACACAGUGCAGCAGAGCAACGUGUGGUGCUCCCAUGUGCAUCCCAUAUUCGCCCUCACACUGGACCAGUUCACGCAGCAGAACAAGGGCAUCGUCUGCUCGGCUCCUCUGCGCCUCAACGCAAGUCUGCUCGUCAACUCCACAGUGCAACCCUGCUCUGUCUUCUACACCACCCUGCUUGGUGACACGUGCACGGGGGUGGCGCGGCAGGUGGAGCUGUGUGGGGCGGCGGUGUCGGAUGCGGAGUGUGAGGCGGCAUUUCAGGCGCUCAACCCCGCUGUGGACUGCUCCUCCCUGAGGCCCUCCCAGGCCGUGUGCCUGGAGAGGGACCCCGGGGUGGCGAAUGUGACAGUGGUGUGCGACCAGUACUACCGGGCGCGCCUCAACGACACGUGCGACAGCAUCAGGCAGCUGGCCGAGCCUCCUCUCAGCCCCGUGGACUUCUACCGCCUCAACCCCGGCGUCAACUGCAACCAGCUCAUCCCCCUCAACAACCACUCACGCUCCGCCACCACCUUUGGUGCUGAGGUGAGUCACUGUGGUGCAUGCAGUGUGGUGCAUGCAGUGGGGUGCGUGCAGUGUGGUUAA